AUGGCCACUCUGUACGGCCUAAUCUUGGUGCUCAUGAUGGUUAAUGCUACCAACGUUUCUUGUCAAUAUGCUGUCUUUCUUUUCUUCAGGGCUUGUGGUUCCUGUUUUUCCAAAUGUCGACGCAAAAAGGUUUACCACUCGCGUGUUGUUUGCAUCGGGCGACCAACACGGCUUCAAAAACUUCCUCCUAAUGUUAUUCGAAAUCAGAAGUACAACGUGUUUUCUUUUAUACCCUAUGUUCUCUUUGAGCAGUUCAGUGUGUUUCUUAACCUGAUUUUCUUAAUAAUGGCGUGCAGUCAAUUUAUCGACCCUUUGCGUGUUGGAUACCUUUAUACCUACUGGGCGCCACUUGGCUUUGUUAUUGCGGUCACAAUGAUUCGUGAAGCUGUUGACGAUAUACGACGGUGGAUGCGAGAUCGUGAGGUUAACAAUGCGCUUUACACAAAAAUCAUCCGUGGUGGUCGAGUUACUCUGGCUAGUGCUAAAAUACAGGUGGGUGAUAUCAUUCUGCUACACAAGAACCAAAGGGUUCCGGCUGACAUGGUGUUACUAUGGACGUCCGAACCUGAUGGUUCGUGUUUUAUUCGAACCGACCAACUGGACGGUGAGACCGACUGGAAGCUGCGAACAGCCGUUCCUGUUACCCAGAACAUUGUCCACGCUGCCGGAAGACCGGAAGCACUAUUUGACAUACAGGCCCAAAUCUAUGCGGAAGCACCCAACCAACGCAUACACAGCUUCGAAGGCACUUUCGCUCGAACUGAUGUGUUGGCCGAUGCCCAGAACCAGGAAAACGAGGCCUCACUCAGUGUGGAUCAGACUCUCUGGUCGAAUACGGUGCUUGCUACGGGCACGGCUGCGGGCAUUGUCAUCUACUGUGGUCCGGAGACUCGCGCCGUCAUGAAUUCGAGCAAGGCGCACACGAAGAUGGGCCACAUUGACAAGGAGAUCAACAACAUAGCCAAACUGCUCUUCGUGUUUGUUGUUCUCCUCUCUCUGGUAAUGGUGGCGUUGAAGGGCUUCGGGGGUGCCUGGUACAUCUACUACUGGCGAUUCUUUCUGCUCUUCUCCUACAUCAUACCCUUGGCGCUCCGCGUGAAUAUGGACAUGGCGAAGAUAGUCUACGCCCUCAUGAUAACACGCGACAAGGAUUUGCCUGGCUGCGUCGUGCGUAGCACCACGAUCCCCGAGGAACUCGGCCGUAUCACGUACCUCCUCUCGGACAAAACCGGCACCCUAACUCAAAACGAAAUGGUCUUCAAGAAACUCCACCUGGGCAGUGUUGCCUUCGCGCAGGAUUCCAUGGACGAUCUGAUCGAGACUCUGAGUCGCUACUACGAAAACACCACAAAAGAGGGGGACUUUAUGGGCACAGGAAAGCAGCUACGGAAGACGGGUGAUGAGAGGCUGGUUGAGGCGGUUCUCGCCAUCGCAAUAUGCCACAAUGUGACCCCCAUGAACGAUGAGAGGGAGGGCAGCGCCGAGAAGCCGAUCGCGGGCGAUUUCAACACCUUCGCACAGCCCGUUGGGUAUCAGGCAAGCUCGCCUGAUGAGGUGGCUCUGGUGUCGUGGACUGCUUCAGUGGGGGUGACACUUAUUCAUCGAGACCAACAACUGAUGGUUUUGCGACUGCCUAAUGGAGCCACGGUAGCAUACGACAUCCUGCAGAUGUUCCCCUUCUCGUCGGAGGCCAAGCGCAUGGGCAUCGUGGUGCGCGACCGUGAAACCCAGCAGAUCCACUUCUACGUGAAAGGCGCUGACACGGUGAUGGCCAAUUUGGUGCAGUACACGCCCUGGAUGGAGGACGAGGCGGGGAAUUUGGCUCGUGAGGGCCUCCGCACGCUGGUUGUGUCACAUCGCAUGCUCACUGAGGACCAAUACGCCGACUUCGCCUCAAGGUACCACCAGGCCUCCAUGAGCGUGUCCGACCGCGCAGCCAAAGUUCAAGCAGCUGUGGCAACUCUGGAGUGCGAUCUGCAGCUCCUUUGUCUCACUGGUGUGGAAGACAAACUCCAGGAAGGGGUGCGGCCGACUCUGGAGACGCUUCGAAACGCCGGCAUCAAGGUGUGGAUGUUGACGGGGGAUAAGCUGGAGACGGCCGAGUGCAUCGCCAAGUCCUCGCGUCUCGUGCCACACGGCCAGGCUCUUCAUGUGUUUCAGCCCGUCACGGGUCGGUCCGAGGCCCACUUGGAGUUGAAUGCGUUCCGUCGACGCAGCGACAUGCCCCUCGUCAUUACGGGCUCAUCUCUGGAGGUUUGCCUCCGUUACUACGAAUGCGAGUUCCUCGACCUCAUUCGCCAGUGCCCUGCUGUCGUUGUCUGCCGCACCUCGCCCACACAAAAGGCCGGCAUUGCGAAGCUCCUCAAGACCUACACCAAGGCCGUUGUGGCCGCUAUCGGCGACGGUGGCAACGACGUUUCCAUGAUCCAGGCUGCCCACGUCGGCAUCGGCAUUGUUGGCAAGGAGGGGCGACAGGCCAGUCUCGCGUCCGAUUUCAGCAUAACCCAGUUCUCUCACGUGGCACGCCUCCUGCUUGUGCACGGCAGAAACACCUACAAGAACACGGCGUCGCUUUCACAAUUCAUUAUUCACCGAGGCUUCAUCAUCAGUGUAAUGCAGGCCGUAUUCUCCGCCAUCUUCUACUUUGUCUCAGUGGCUCUUUUUCCGGGUUUCCUCAUGGUGGGAUACGCAACGAUCUUCACAAUGUUUCCCGUUUUCUCAUUGGUUCUGGACAAGGACGUGGACGACUCAAUUGCGAUGACCUAUCCAGAGCUCUAUAAAGACCUCGCGAAGGGACGAGAGCUCACCUUCAAAACCUUCUUUAUUUGGGUAGUCAUUAGCAUAUACCAAGGCGGGGUGAUCAUGUACGGAGCACUCGUCCUCUUCGACACCGACUUCAUCCACGUGGUCUCCAUCACCUUCACCUCGGUCCUCCUCACCGAGCUCCUCAUGGUGGCUCUGACGAUUCGCACUUGGCACUUCUUGAUGGUCAUCGCUGAAUUAGCCAGUCUCGUGAUUUACGUGGUCGCUCUGGUUGUCUUCAAGUCAUUUUUCGAUCAAGCUUUUCUGCUAACGCUGAACUUCGUGUGGAAGGUGUUUGCCAUCACCGCUGUGAGCUGUAUCCCACUGGUGAUUCUCAAGUGUAUCCGGAUGAAACUUCGCCCUCCCAUCUACUCUAAAUUGCGCUAA